UGUUCAUGCCUGGGAAAGUUUCAGCCAUACCUCGUCUAGGAAGAGGAGUCAUCUGUAGCUACACGCCAGACAAACCAGGGUCACCUUUCCUGUUUCUACCCUUUAUAAACACUGCUUCCUGCUCGUUUAGGUUUCUCAGUGUGCAUUUUAGUGUCAGUCGGUGUUCGUGAGCUUGUGUUUUCAUUUUACCGCCUACGUGCCGACCAAACACUGAGCGGCAGAUGUCAGUGACAGGCGGGGUGUUGGUAGCUGUGCAGCGAUAACAGAUAAACUGGGUGAAGGCGGCUGUGAGGCGGAGAUAAAAACCUACAAUAACUGUCUGAAAUCGACGAUGUAGCGGGAAGAAGCUCCACAACUGCUCGGCUGUGGAUACGGUGCGUUGACCUGCCUGGCUUGGGCACUUAAAUGCUUCUCCGAGAGGACACCACCAACCGGUUUCUUUAACUUUUGGAUACAUUGAAUUGGCGUAUUGUCAAUCAGCUGACAACCAGGACGAUGCAGCUUUUAAUUGGGAUGACAAGGUGCUCACACGGAGCGCCUCUGUCCAGACUCAAGCUAACACAUCCGCGGAUGUUGUGGCUGGAGCACCGGCUGGCCUUCUCAGCUUCCCCGCAGAGGAAGAGACAGUCAACCGGGGUCAAGUCCUCAGUGCACCGGAUACCUGCCUUCCUUCUCUCCUCACCCUCCGUGUCUGUCCCGCCGUGCAGUCCAUUCAGAGGUCUCUCAGCACGGACACUCACGCACACACCUGUUGCCUUUGCCAGCUCUUCAGCCGCCUCUACACCUACACCAGCCGACUCAGUGAAGACCACGACGAAGACAGGUCCAACAUCGACCACCAUCCCUGUGGAUGAUGUCAAAAGGAUUUUGCGCCUUGCUCAUCCGGAGAGAUGGAGGCUGGCAGCUGCUGUGGGCUUCCUGAGUGUCUCCAGUGCAGUGACUAUGUCAGCCCCAUUCUUCUUGGGUAAAGUGAUUGACACCAUUUAUAUGUCUGGAGCAGACACAGAAACAAUGACUGCCUCUCUGACAUCGUUAUGUAUCAUGCUGACUGGAGUGUUUCUGUGUGGCGGGGCAGCCAACGCUGCCAGAGUCUACCUAAUGCAGAUAUCAGGCCAAAAGAUUGUCCGAAAUCUACGUGCCUCCGUCUUCUCGUCCAUUCUCAAACAGGAAGUGGCUUUUUUUGACAGGACUAGAACCGGCGAGCUUAUCAACCGCCUCUCUGCUGACACCACCGUGGUGGGCCACUCCAUCACUGACAACCUGUCAGACGGACUGAGAGCCGUCGUCCAGGCAGCUGCUGGUGUCAGUAUGAUGUUCUACGUUUCCCCCAGUCUGGCAUGCUUUGUGUUGCUGAUAGUUCCUCCUAUGGCUGGUCUUGCUAUUGUCUACGGCAAAUACCUUCGCUCCAUCUCCAAACGCACACAGGACGCACUCGCACAGACCACACAGUUGGCAGAGGAGCGUAUCAGCAACAUGAGGACAGUGAGGGCUUUUGGUAAAGAGAUGUCAGAGGUCAACGAAUACACAGCGAGGACAGACGAAGUCUUCAGUCUGGCCAAGAAAGAGGCUGCACUACGAGCUGGCUUCUUUGGAGUGACUGGUCUCAGUGGUAACCUCAUGAUCUUGUCAGUGCUGUACAAAGGAGGCCUUCUGAUGGCCAGCCAGAACAUGACUGUGGGAGAGCUCUCAUCGUUCCUCAUGUACACCUUUUGGAUUGGAAUCAGUAUUGCAGGUCUGAGUUCGUUCUACUCUGAGAUGAUGAAGGGUUUUGGAGCAGGAGCAAGACUGUGGGAACUGCAGGACAGAAAACCUGAGUUUCCUCAAAAUGAAGGCCUCGUGCUUCCUUCAGAUCAGCUGAAGGGCCAGCUGGAGUUCUAUGACGUCUCCUUUGCCUACCCGACCCGUAAGGAGGCUCCUAUUUUCCAGAACCUCAGUCUGCUGGUCCCAGCUGGUACCAUCAUGGCUGUGGUGGGCCCCAGUGGGUCUGGAAAAUCAUCCCUGGUCUCACUGCUGCUCAGGCUGUACGAUGUAGACACUGGUAUCAUCACUAUAGAUGGUCAUGACAUCAGAGAUGUGAAUCCCUACUGGCUCAGGAAUCACAUUGGCACUGUCAGCCAGGAGCCUGUGCUGUUUUCUUGCUCUAUAAGAGAUAAUAUAGCGUACGGUGCAGUGGACCCAGACACUGUGACCACAGAGGACAUCUACAAGGCAGCCAGAGUGGCCAACGCCUUUGAUUUCAUCCAGGAUUUUCCCAGUGGCUUUGACACUGUAGUGGGGGAGAAAGGAGUGCUGUUGUCAGGUGGUCAGAAGCAGAGGAUAGCCAUAGCCAGAGCUCUGCUCAAGAACCCUAAGAUACUGCUUUUGGACGAGGCUACCAGUGCACUGGAUGCUGAGAAUGAGUCCCUGGUCCAGGAAGCCUUGGAGCGUCUGAUGGAAGGGAGAACAGUCAUAGUCAUCGCUCACCGCCUGUCCACCAUCCAGAAUGCGAACGCCGUCGCUGUACUAGAUCAGCGGUGUAUAGCCGAGUGUGGUCAGCCCGCAGAGCUGCUAGGCAACAAGCAAGGACUGUUCAGGAAAUUGAUGGAGAAACAGACGUUUCUACAAGAAGCACAUAAACAAGCACUUCGCUGAGCGGGCAGGGAGCACAAGACAAGGAGUGGAUGAUGAAGAGGGAGUAAUCAGGAGGCGAGGUCAGUAGCUGGAAAAAUAAAACUGGGUUUGCUCCAGAUUGAGUUUGGAGAUAAAAGCUGAAGGAAAGCAGGACUACACAGGACUACUGAUGAACACUAGAAGAAGGAAAAUAAACAUAAAAGUAUAAGGUGUCCUUUCACUGCUGAAAGGAAAUAAACAGGGUAAUUCACAGUGAAGACCGCAAACAUGGAGCAGAGAGCUCUUAGAGAUGCUUUAUUUUUAAAAUAUCUAAUAAAACUGAAAGGAAGAGGCUGAGAGUGAAAAGGACCGACACUCCUCACACAGGAAGCUCAUAGUCGACAUGUCAUUUCCGAAUCACUGUCAUAGUUUUGGGGAAAAGCCCAAAUUCUGUAUAAAAUAGUUCAGAUGUAUGGAAGAUAUAUGACUAGUGUGACCAGUGUGAAUGACAAACCUCUUUCUUUCUCUACUAUGGGACACUGUAGUCUGUUAUCACUUUAUGGUUUUCAUAAUUAAACCAAAAACAGUCCAGUAUGAUUUAUACAGAAUAGCUAUAUAUGUGUUUGUUUAUUAAUGUGUGUAUUUAUUGUUGACUUUUUAAACUUGAAGCUUAACAUGCAGAACCUUUUUUUUAGACACAAGCCAAAUGAAGCAGCUAUUUGUAUUCUCUACACUGAAAACAGGACUGAGCACUGACAUAGAUUCAUGUGUGCACAUUUGUCAUGAAACAUAUUAGUGAUUGUCCUGUAAGUUACAGCUGAGGUGCUAUUCAUUGCUUUAACUGACAGUCCUGAAACUCCAUCUUAAUAUGUCAAGCAGAAUAAAAGUGUGGAAGUUGAUUGAGGACGGCUAAACAGCCUCUUUUCUGGAUGCAGUUCGGCUGCUCUUGGGUAUAAAGGGUAUAGGAGACGUCAUCAAAGUCAGAGGUGGUCUGUGCAUCAUGAUCUGGCCUCUUUUAACAAUCAUCUCAUCGUCUAAAAUCCAAAAUUCUUCCAUCCUUUUUAUCUUCAAAAUGUUUCACGGUAAAUCAGAAUGUAAUCAGCUUUCUUUGUCUAAUCUAUAAACGGUGGAAAAACAGAAACCAACAUUAAAACAUGAGAGUUUGCAACA